UGCAAAUUGGCGAACAUUUUGGCGCGAAUCCAUCACUAGAUCGCCAAACAAAAACAAGAGAAUAUCAACAAUGAGCGGACAAACCAAAAUGUUUGGCGAGAAAGCCUUCGACCUUCUUAAGGAACUGGAGAGGUCAUCGCAGACCAUUCCCGCCUUCGACGACGACGGUGUGCGCCAGGUUCUGGAGGAGAUCAAGGCGAUAUUCGAGGAGAACGUGGCCCAGGCCUCCACCUACAAUGCUUCCGGGGAUCGCAGUCUGUGGCCUCUUCUCAACUUCAGACACGCAGCUCUCCAGCGUAACAAGAGGUGUCUGCUGGCCUACUUAUACGAACGGUGCAAGAGGAUCAAGGCCCUGAGGUGGGAGUUUGGACCCAUUAUUCCCGGGGACAUCAAGCAGGCACUCUGUGAACCGGAGGUCACCUUCUUCAACAACUACUCCAAAUCCCUGGCUGCCUACAUGUGCAGUGCAGGCUACAACCAGGGAUUGCCCAUCGACCUCACCAACAAUCUGCGUCCCCCGAAGUCCCUUUACAUAGAGGUGCGCUGCAUGGAGGACUAUGGAAAGUUCGAACUGGAUGACGGCGAGGUGAUCCACCUGAAGAAGAACAGUCAGCACUAUUUGCCCAGAGCUCAAGUGGAGUCUCUCGUGAGGCAGGGCAUUCUACACCACAUAGCUUAGUCUGGAUUAAAAAUUACUAUACAUAGUUAAAGGUUUAACAUAGAACAAAUAAAACAUACAUUUUUAAAUUCAAA